AAAUUUUUGACUUUUCAAGCUCAGAAAUGUUUUAUAUAUAUAUAUCAAAGUGUCUGUGAUUUUCUUCUCACAAAUUUUGAACUUUUGGACCGCAGAAUAUUUUUCUAGAUAAUUUUUGACAACUACUAUCUACUGUUUUGUUUUUCGUUGUUGGUGUUUUUAGAAUAUGAUGAUCGCAUGAACGUACUGUAAUGAAACCCAGCAGAGCCCCUUGUCUUUCUGCUCUUCAUCCUCUCUCUCAUUGUCUUCUGACUCGACUGGCUCCCAGUUGCCUCCAAACACUCUGGCGCAGACUGCGCUCCGACGCCGCCUCCUGUUGAGUUUCGUCCCCCGGCGCGUUAAAAGGGGCAGUUGGCGAUAAAAGCAGAAGCGCACAGCUGAAUGUGAAGCGGGUUGGGGGGCGGCUCUCUGGAUCGCCCCCAUGUCCUCUCUGAGUCUUCCCUCAUUGGACACUUUGCUCCGCUCAGCAGGAACACCUGUAUGCACGAUGCGCGCAAACUACCGCUGUGCGCCAUCUCCUCUCCGGAUGCGCUGACCGAGACCCGGAUGGGUGCAAACUUCCCUUCUGGUCCAAACUUCCCGGUAUGAUCGCUUCCAACGCGAGCCUGAGCUGUGCGCGGUGUCCCGGGGAAGCGACGACGGAGGCGAGCGGAGCGGUUCCGGGCUCAGUGCCGGCGCCCUCCCUGAGUCCGACGGGGCACCUGGUGGUGGCGGUGUGCCUGGGCUGCAUCGGCACGCUGGGCUUCCUCAGUAACUUCCUGGUGCUGGCGCUGUUCUGCCGGUACCGGGCUUUGCGCACGCCCAUGAACCUGCUGCUGGCGAGCAUCUCGGUGAGCGACCUGCUGGUCAGCGUGCUGGGCACCCCGUUCAGCUUCGCGGCCAGCACCCAGGGGCGGUGGCUGAUCGGACGAGCUGGAUGCGUUUGGUACGGCUUCAUCAACGCGUGUCUGGGCAUCGUCUCCCUCAUCUCCCUGGCUGUUCUGUCCUACGAGCGUUACUGCACCAUGAUGGCGCCCACCAUGGCGGACGGCAGGGACUUCCGGCCGGCGCUGGCAGGGAUCUGCUUCUCCUGGCUGUACUCCGUGGCCUGGACGGUGCCUCCGCUGCUGGGCUGGAGCCGCUACGGCCCCGAGGGGCCCGGCACCACCUGCUCUGUUGACUGGAAGACCCGAACUCCGAACAACAUCUCCUACAUCAUCAGCCUUUUCACCUUCUGCCUUGCCUUGCCGUUCGCCGUCAUAGUCUACUCCUACGGGAAGCUGCUGUCCACAAUCAGACAGGUGCGCAGAGUGAGCUCCGUGGUGACGCGGCGCAGAGAGCAGCGCGUUCUGGUGAUGGUCGUCAUCAUGGUGGUCUGCUACCUGGUCUGCUGGCUGCCGUACGGCGUGGCCGCUCUGCUCGCCACCUUCGGCCCCAGAGACCUGCUGACGCCGGCGGCCAGCAUCACGCCGUCGCUGCUGGCCAAGUUUUCCACUGUGGUCAACCCUUUUAUUUACAUAUUCAUGAACAAACAGUUUCACAGAUGUUUCCGGGCCUUCUUCUCCUGCUCCGCUCCAGAAUCAGGCUCCACCUUAAAGACAUUUUCUCGGCCGACCAAGACGUUCCCCUGCGCGCGGCCGGAAAGGGACCGCCAGGUGACGGCGCGCGCCCCGUCCACGGCGCCGCCAACGCCCGUCCGCGGGUUGUCGGCGAACAGCCGCAGCUCCACUGCAGAACCCCGGUCUGCUGCCGGACCCAAACCCAAAGUGACUCUGGUGGCUCGCUACAGGGAAUAAAGAGACGCAGAAUAAAGGGAGCAGGUCUCCGAAAAGACAAAGCAGCUUUAUUAGCAGAACCGAACAUGCAGAACCGUUUAAUCCCGGUGAAACGCGCUGCGAUCCGAGAACAAACGCUCUCUGAAGCUUUGUGAACAAAGCAGACUGAAGAUGUGAGAUUAGGGCUACACACAGUGCUUUGUGUUGACAUUACACACCUUUCCCUUCUACAUUUACCAACCGAAUCCCAUUCAGUGGAGCCAGUACCGGUACACAAACACCUAAUGCUGAACAGAGGAGAGCGGAGGGAUUCUUCCUGGAUUCACAUCUAAAUGUCUCUGAUGUUGGUUUGUUUUGGCAGCUGUUUGUUGUUUUACUUCACCUUGUAGAAAUGCUGCAGUUAAAUUAAGUUAAAUUUAUUGUCCUUAGAUAUUUGGGCUUUGAAAUAUUUUUGCCUAGAUUUACAGAAGCUGCUUGUGAAAUCAUUUAGUAGCUCAAUAAUUAGCCUUCAUAAGGACUUUAUUUAGUUUCCACAUUUUGUCAUGUUGCACCACAAAUUUCAGAUAUUUUAAAUAGAUUUCAUGUUUCUGACCGACACAAAGAGGGUGAAGGAAACAGGUUCAUGGUUUAAACCCAAAAUAUUUAUUUUUCUUCAGUAGCCUCUACUCUGACAACUACUGAAGGCAAUUAGGGCCACUAAUGAUCAUAUUUUGUUUUUAUUUAUGUUUUACACAAUGUCCUAACUCCAUAUUGGUAUAGAUAUCUGAAAUUUCGAAGUUAACUUUAUUUAGCAUAUCACCAAGUGGUUAUGAUUCAAGAAGCAAAUUUCAUAAAGGAGGAAAUUUUUGCUUUCUUUCGGUUCUACUAAUUGACCUGGUGUUUUUAUUGUUCAACCUAAAAUGAACUUCAUAUUAAAUUGCACAGGGUGUCAUUCUGGGAAAACAGCCAAAUUACUGUAAUAAAUAACACAAAAAAGUAAAAAGCUGCUACACUGCGAGUAUUUUAAUAAUUUAUAGUGUCAUAAACAUGAUGCAGCUUUAGUCUCUCUCACAGUUUCAGUCUUUUUCAGCCUCAUUUUCUGUUUUUAACAUCAUAGUGUCUCCAGAGCAUUGGAGAUUAUUCCUGACCGGUUUUAUGAAAACAGAAUGGUGUACACUUGGUCAUUCUGUCUCUAGACCAUUUAAAAUUUGUCUUACUAAAUUUUAAAGGAAUAAAUCAUCAGUUAAGGCCAAAAUGGUAUCAUAGUGACACAAAGGUUACAUUUCAUGGGUUCAACAUUUUGAGAUAUUUAUGUUUUUUUCUCUUAAAAAUAAUCUAAAAUAUUUAAUAAGUCAAGUUUUGAUUGGCAAACAUGCUAUAUAUCUAUUCCAAUGCCAGUUACUGACCUGAUUAAUGGCUGCCUGGGGCCGCUAAUAAAACGGCUAACGUUAGUUUUAACGAGGCUAACAACUAGCAUCGUCUCACAUUUCCCAAAUGAUAUAUUUAUGAUCCCAAAGACUUAUAAGAAAAUAUUCUGAGAACUAAUGAGUGACAAAUAUCCAGAGCCCACUGACAUUUGGACUGGCCUAGUCAAAGUCUGGACAUAAAUCCAAUUGAGAUGCUGUGGUAGGACCUUAAUUAGGCUUUUGAUGGUUGAAAACUCAACAAUGUGGUUAAAUAAAAGCCAAAAAAUUACUUUUUUGCAGAGAUAUGUUGGUUUUCAUAGCUGUUUUCCAACAUUGUGUUGUUUUUAUUUAACUCAGAUUAUUUUCAAAUGAUAUUUUCUUAAUGAUCUGAAACAGAAAACUAAAAUAUUAAGCAUUAAAUAGACUUUCAAAUGCUGUACGCUGUUUUAGUGAGCCAUUCUAUAAUAGGAAAUAAAAUUACUUGCAAUAAAUGAAAAUAAAUCUAGAAGUUUUUAUCACCCUCAAAUCUUUGGUCGUAACUUUCUAAAUGUUUAUUGGUCCGCUAGUCUUUCUGAGAACUGAUUUUUGUUUAAAUAAAGUUGUUUCCAGUUUGAAUUCAGGGAUCGUCAGUGACUUUGUGGCUUGUAGCGUCAGAAAUGUUAAUGUGUUUGCAUGAGGCCGAUAAUCAUUAUGUUUACUAGUCUGAUCAAUUUACAGUGUUUGCUACAAACCCAUAAAUAAACAAGACUGCAUUUUAUUCUGAAAAGCUAAAAGGAAGAUGCCAAACUUCAUCUUCUUGUCCCCCUCAUUUAAUUAUUUCUAUAUAGUAGCACAUUUCUAAUUCUUUUGUUUUGUUAUGGUGUUGAUUUUAAUUUAUUUGGAAGGUGUAUUCCUGGUUUAGGAAAACAAUUUCUUCAGGUCUCCCAUUUCCAUGCCAGAAAUUUGGGGAAUUAAUUAAUAAUAUGAACCAAUUUAAUCAGUAAUUUCAUGCUGUUCAGAUCUAAGAAGGCUUUGUCUGUAUUUACAACCCGAAAUCCAACCUUCUUUCUUGUUUUUCAGGCAUAACAAACUGACAACCAACAUUUCAUUGAACUGAUGUUUUAAACUCUUAAUCAUCCUUAAGAAAAGGUUUAACAAACACUGCAGUUGUACAUCUGUGUCUGUGUUGUCCCUUCAUGAAUUUCAGUGAAACAUAAACAAGUUCAUGUCCCAAA